AUGUUCACUAAUCCAGGCAGCAUCCUGUUACUCUGUACCCCCUCCCCGGGGCCCGGUUAUACUGUAUCCCCGGGGCCCGGUUACACUGUACCCCCCGGGUCCGGUUACUCUGUACCCCCUCCCCGGGGCCCGGUUACACUGUACCCCCAGGUCCGGUUACUCUAUACCCCCUCCCCGGGGCCCGGUUAUACUGUAUCCCCGGGGCCCGGUUACACUGUAUCGCCGGGUCCGGUUACUCUGUACCCCCUCCCCGGGGCCCGGUUACACUGUAUCCCCGGGCCCGGUUACUCUGUACCCCCUCCCCGGGGCCCGGUUAUACUGUAUCCCUGGGUCCGGUUACUCUGUAGCCCCUCCCCGGGGCCCGGUUACACUGUACCCCGGGCCCGGUUAUACUGUACCCCCUCCCCCGGGGCCCGGUUAUACUGUAUCCCCCGGCCCGGUUACACUGUAUCCCCGGGCCCGGUUAUACUGUACCCCCUCCCCGGGGCCCGGUUACACUGUACCCCCAGGUCCGGUUACUCUAUACCCCCUCCCCGGGGCCCGGUUAUACUGUAUCCCCGGGGCCCGGUUACACUGUAUCGCCGGGUCCGGUUACUCUGUACCCCCUCCCCGGGGCCCGGUUACACUGUAUCCCCGGGCCCGGUUACUCUGUACCCCCUCCCCGGGACCCGGUUAUACUGUAUCCCUGGGUCCGGUUACUCUGUAGCCCCUCCCCGGGGCCCGGUUACACUGUACCCCGGGCCCGGUUAUACUGUACCCCCCCCCCCGGGGCCCGGUUAUACUGUAUCCCCCGGCCCGGUUACACUGUAUCCCUGGGCCCGGUUACUCUGUAUCCCCGGGCCCGGUUAUACUGUACCCCCUCCCCGGGGCCCGGUUACACUGUACCCCGGGUCCAGUUACUCUGUACCCCCAGGUCCGGUUACUCUGUACCCCCUCCCCCGGGUCCGGUUACUCUGUACCCCCUCCCCGGGCCCGGUUACACUGUACCCCCGGGGACGGUUACUCUGUACCCCCUCCCCGGGGCCCGGUUACACUGUAUCCCCGGGUCCGGUUACUCUGUAUUCCCGGGCCCGGUUAUACUGUACCCACUCCCCGGGGCCCGGUUACACUGUACCCCGGGUCCGAUUACUCUGUACCCCCGGGUCCGGUUACUCUGUACGCCCUCCCCGGGGCCCGGUUACACUGUACCCCCGGGUCCGGUUACACUGUAUCCCCGGGUCCGGUUACUCUGUACCCCCUCCCCGGGGCCUGGUUACACUGUAUCCCCGGGUCCGGUUACUCUGUACCCCCUCCCCGGGGCCCGGUUAUACUGUAUCCCCGGGGCCCGGUUACACUGUACCCCCCGGGUCCGGUUACUCUGUACCCCCUCCCCGGGGCCCGGUUACACUGUACCCCCAGGUCCGGUUACUCUAUACCCCCUCCCCGGGGCCCGGUUAUACUGUAUCCCCGGGGCCCGGUUACACUGUAUCCCCUCCCCGGGGCCCGGUUAUACUGUAUCCCUGGGUCCGGUUACUCUGUAGCCCCUCCCCGGGGCCCGGUUACACUGUACCCCGGGCCCGGUUAUACUGUACCCCCUCCCCCGGGGCCCGGUUAUACUGUAUCCCCCGGCCCGGUUACACUGUAUCCCCGGGCCCGGUUACUCUGUAUCCCCGGGCCCGGUUAUACUGUACCCCCUCCCCGGGGCCCGGUUACACUGUACCCCGGGUCCAGUUACUCUGUACCCCCGGGUCCGGUUACUCUGUACCCCCUCCCCGGGCCCGGUUAUACUGUACCCCCGGGCUCGGUUACUCUGUACCCCCUCCCCAGGCCUGGUUACACUGUAUCCCCAGGCCCGGUUACACUGUAUCCCCGGGCCCGGUUACUCUGUAUCCCCGGGCCCGGUUACUCUGUACCCCCUCCCCGGGGCCCGGUUACACUGUAUCCCCGGGCCCGGUUACUCUGUACCCCCUCCCCGGGGCCCGUUACACUGUACCCCCGGGUCCGGUUACUCUGUACCCCCUCCCCGGGCCCGGUUACUCUGUAUCCCCGGGCCCGGUUACUCUGUAUCCCCGGGUCCGGUUACUCUGUACCCCCUCCCCGGGCCCGGUUACACUGUACCCCCGGGCCUGGUUACUCUGUAUCCCCGGGCCCGGUUACUCUGUAUCCCCGGGGCCCGGUUACUCUGUACCCCCUCCCCGGGGCCCGGUUACACUGUAUCCCCGGGUCCGGUUACUCUGUAUUCCCGGGCCCGGUUAUACUGUACCCACUCCCCGGGGCCCGGUUACACUGUACCCCGGGUCCGAUUACUCUGUACCCCCGGGUCCGGUUACUCUGUACGCCCUCCCCGGGGCCCGGUUACACUGUACCCCCGGGUCCGGUUACUCUGUAUCCCCGGGUCCGGUUACUCUGUACCCCCUCCCCGGGCCCGGUUACACUGUACCCCCGGGCCUGGUUACUCUGUAUCCCCGGGCCCGGUUACUCUGUAUCCCCGGGGCCCGGUUACUCUGUACCCCCGGGCCCGGUUACUCUGUACCCCCGGGCCCGGUUACUCUGUAUCCCCGGGCCCGGUUACUCUGUACCCCCUCCCCGGGGCCCGGUUACUCUGUAUCCCCGGGCCCGGUUACUCUGUACCCCCUCCCCGGGGCCCGGUUAUACUGUAUCCCCGGGUCCGGUUACUCUGUACCCCCUCCCCGGGCCCGGUUACUCUGUAUCCCCGGGCCCGGUUACACUGUAUCCCCGGGUCCGGUUACUCUGUACCCCCUCCCCGGGCCCGGUUACACUGUACCCCCGGGCCUGGUUACUCUGUAUCCCCGGGCCCGGUUACUCUGUAUCCCCGGGGCCCGGUUACUCUGUACCCCCGGGCCCGGUUACUCUGUACCCCCGGGCCCGGUUACUCUGAUCCACUGA